AGUAAACAAUAUUUCGUUUCCAAGAUGGCGGCCACCAUGGAAUUUAUUGACAGAUGAAAGUUCUUCCAGAUUUUUAAGUGCUUUACGAAACAGAGAGGGCAAUCAUCGAGAUAUUUGAUUAUUUCAAAAGGAUUCAGAAUUAUUGAGGAUUUUAUUAAAUGAUUAAUCAGAAAAAUAGGAUAGUUGUGGAUAAAAUAAACCUUCAUUUACUGUCAAAAAUCAUGUUUUGUCUUGAUUUGUGAAUCUGAUUGGAAUUUUUUUUUUUUAAAAAAUCACAGAUUUAGUCUUAAAAUCAAGUUAAAAAUCUUGUAAGAUAAUCAGAUUUAAAUUAUUGUUGUGUGACCACACAUGUUCAGCCUAAUGGGAAACUGUUUAUCAUGUGUAAAAAGGAACAAACAACCAAGAAGGUCAAUAACCUUGGCCAUUCUUGGGUUGGACAGUGCUGGCAAAACAACUGUUACCAAGGCUUUGCUUGGAGAUUCUCUGGAAACGGCACCGACGGUGGGUUUCAGCAAAGAGGAGAUAACCAUCGAGAAUUAUGACAUCAGCUUGUAUGACCUGGGAGGCGGGCGUCGUAUACGAGAAAUUUGGACGGAAUACCUGAACGAAGUGUACGGGAUCAUCUAUGUGUUAGAUUCUGCAGCUCCGGAAAGGUUCCCUGAAGUAAAGGAGAGCCUUGAAAAUAUACUCAGUCAUGAACUAGUCUCUGCGAAACCACUCCUUGUGCUUGCAAACAAGGAUGAUUUGAACGACUGUGUCGAUGAGGUGGAGAUCAUGGAGAAACUCAACCUGGAAUACCUCGUCAACACCCACAAGUGUGUCUGUAAACUGCAAACCUGUUCUGCAAUUAAAGGCACAGGCAAAAAAAUGGAUGUGAACAUUAAACACGGCUUUAAAUGGAUGUGUACCGUACUCGAUCAAAUGUACGAUCGCUUGAAGGAUCGAGUAGAUAACGACGUUGAAGUGGUAGAAAGAAAACGGCAAAAGGCGAAGGAAGAGCGAAAAGAAAGGGUCCGUAAAGUGCGCGAAGAGAGGGAGCGUCAACAAGAAGAAGAACGUCUUAAGCUUGGUAUCGAGAAGGAGGAGGAGGAAGAAGAGGAUGAUGAUAUCGUGGACGGAGCGAACCCAUUCAAACGGCUCGACUCCGAUGAAAUCAAACGCAAGGAAGAAAAGUUUAAAGCCAGCAAAGCCAAAGAUAAAGAGAGAAAGCAAAAACUCAAAGAAAUCGAGGAAAUGGAAAAAUCUGCUCAACUCAAUCCAGCUCAAACAAACACAAAUAAUAAUAACAUUUUACCUGGUCAGAUAAAUAGCAAUGAAGAUGAGGAUGGAUUACGUGCCCCUAGAUCGUCCCGAAGUCUGCUUGGUCUUGACUGGCUAAAUUCAGGGACAGACAACAUUGGCCUUUCUAACGGAAAUCACAGACAAAUGUUACCUCCCCUGGAGAGCCCUGUGUCGUCUGGAAGGCAGGAGAAGAAGAAAAAUAAAAAAGGGAAGAGUAAGCUGGUUUCUAAUGGAAACAGUGGUGCGUACAAUGAUAAUGAUGUUGUUGUACGUCACCUUGAUGACAUUGCGAAUCAGGGACAUUCUUUAUCCUCAGUGUCACGGAUACAGGUUGAAUCGGCGCCAAAUGAAGAUGAUGAUGAGGAUUUGGAGAGUUUGGUUGAGUCUUCGGGCGGCCGAAGAGGUUUUAGAAACAGUAAGGGAAUGUAUAAACAAGAAGAAAAUGGACAUACGGAGGAAAAUAAUCAGAAAAAGAAAUUGCGGAAAAAGAAACCAAAAGUGUCGUCUGAUGACGAUGACGGAUUUGAUACGUUGCGAUUGAGCCAGCAUUUAGAGGAUGAUCUUGUGAAUGGUUUAAGUAAACAAUCACCCAGAACUAAAACUGCUUUAACAAAUGGUGUGGUAGAGGAGGAGAGAUCCAUCACCCCAGUCCGCAAGUUGAAGAAGAAAAACAAACAUCUACGCAAGAAUAAGCUGGCUCCGUCAGACGACGAAUAUGAACUGUCAGAUGUACAGAAUACACCAAAGAAAAAGUCCUCCGUGAGCUACACUUCACCACAAAAUAAUUCCCACACUAACUGGGGAAUGGCGGAAAACCUCUCGGCCGAUGAUAACAGACAAGUGAGGCGAUCACGUCCUAACUUUGAUUCCGAAGAUGAACCGUAUUUGUGAUAGAAGUUACCUGUAUGUUGGAAUCAAAAGCGAUGUAUCAUAAGAGAUUGACCAGGCUUAUGUCUUAACCAAAUAUAGAGACUAUGUUAAGUUUCAGGAUUUCUUUCAUGAUGUUGAGCUGAGUGAAAAUGAUAUUAAUAUUGAUUAGCUGUCUUUUUUAUUACUUGAGGAUUUGACAUAGCUUUGCUGUGGGUGGUAUGGUUGUUGUGGGAUAAAACCAUUACGUUGUCCAUAACAUGAAAAUCAUUCAAGAUAUCAAUAUGAAACUUGGUACACAUGAACACCAUUAAAAUAGGCACAUGUGGAGCAAGUUCAUUAACUUGGCUUAUGUAUUUAUCGAUUUAUACCCCUUGAUAAUGGGAGAAAAGCAGACGGGUUUUGGGAUCUGCUCUUGUAGCUCUUGGUCAUUUUAAUAGCUGGUAUUGUAAGUUAUAUCUAGCUGCCAAUGAAACAUGAAUGCAGACACAGAACGCCUCUGAGAGAGCAUAACUAUGGUAAUUCGGGUUUGAUACAUGCAUGUACAUUUAAAUCAUAAAGUGUCUUGGUAAAUCCUUAUGCAAAGCUGUUUUUGAAAAAUAAUUACAUGGUAAAAUAUAGUUAAAUUUUUAUAUUUGAUUCAAAGUUAAUAUUAGAGAGAACCUACAUGUAAAUGUAUAUAUAAAAAUGGUCAGUACAUUUAGCUUGCCAUUUUCAGCUCUUCUUAUUUUUACAGAAAAAAUGUUGAGGUAUUGUCAUAGUCUUGGUGUCUUCAGCUGUUGCGUUGUCUUGCUAAGACUUAAACAUUGGCCAUUUUUGAAAAAAUUGUUCAAAAUAUUUGAAUGAAACUUGGUACAUAUGUUGCCAGAGAUCUGCACAUAUUUAGCAUGACCCGUAAGUCUGGUUUUAAUAAUUGAGGAGUUUUGUCCCUUGUUGACUAAACAUAAAAACAACAGACGAAUGUUCGCGUCUGCUCUGCAGCGCUGUUGUUUACUUAAUUAAUAUAAAUUUGAAGCCUUAUCAUUGUCUAUGUCUAGUAUGGAAAAACAGAUCUAUGUAUUUUCUAUAAAGGAUGCAUUCACUGUGAUAUUAUUUUCAAUCUCACAAACAUUUUGUGAUAAAUAUGUUAUAAAAUGAGGGUAUUAUUUUAUGCAUAUGUAUAAAUAAUAAUUAUUUAGAGUUUUCCUCCUUUUUCAAAGAUUUGACAUUGUUUCAUCGUUGGAGUCUGAUAUUUUUGUUCCAAUGUAAUCAUUAAUCAAACGAUGGGCUUAUGACAGAGCAUAUUGCGGAAUAUAUGCAUGUCAAUAUUUAAAGCGCUCUGAUUGGUCAAUUUUUAAAGCGCUCUAAUUGGUCAGUAAUUAAAGCGCACUAAUUAGAGACUUAUUAUAUUUUUGUUUCUAUGGAAUCAUUAAUUAAAUGAAGGGACUAUUUUGUGUAUUUAGUAUUUAAAUGUUUCAUAAUUAUUUCAUAACUAUAAAUGACUUCAACUUGAUUUUAAGAAAGGAAAUGCAGGAACAUCUUAUCAAUAUCCAAAUGGGCCUAAUGAAGUGUAUUUGUUCAAUCAUACUAAAAGAAUAUUUUUUAAAACAAUUCUAAUUGAUUCUGUUUUUAGUUACAUGUUGAUAUGAAUGACCAGCAGAUCUUGUCAGCCAGAAUCUCACUGUGCCUGAAAUGACACUUCUUUGAAUUGUGUUAUGUUCUAUAUUUGGUAUAAAUGUUUGUUUUUUUGUUGAAAUGACAUUUCUUUAAAUUGUUUAAAGUUCUAUAUU